UUUCUCGUUCGUCUCGUACUUCCCCUUCAUCCAACGUCCGCACACCGCGUCGUUCCACAGUGGUUUUCUUGUUCGGUCGGGAGGUUCAGAGUGGCUAGGCUAGCUGGCGCACGUACGUCUAAAAUUUAAUUACGCUACACCUUUUUACUCAUAGUCGCGUAAUCAGUAGUGAGCUGAUGAAGCCAAUCGCCUUAUCUUUUCCUCGUCGUCACUGAGCGCUGAGUUGUGCAUUCUCUCUCUGUGAUUGCUUGGUGCAGUCGUCCGUUCCGUCGUGUUAUUUAGUUGUGAUCGCCACGAAAAGGGUUACGUGUAUUUUCAGCGUAGCUGCUUGUUGUAGAAAAUCCGUAUUUUUAUAGUGCAAGGUCUUACGCGAUUUUGUGAAACUUUCUACACGGGAGAUACAAAUCAACAAAUAGGAUGCAACGCCGACGAACCCUGGGAAAGCGUCUUUUCGGGGAGUUUGGAUCCGCCAGUGGAUUCAUCCCCAAGCGAAGCCGCUCGGACCAGGAAGUGCCCGCCUUGGAGGACAACGGAGGAUCAUCGUCGUCGUCGUCUGGGUCGCUUGGAUCGGGGGGAAGUGGAAGCAGCUCGAGCAAUGGCGGUGGUGGAUCGCCGCGACGCCCGAACAAAGAAAUUCUCGCCAAAGUGCCCCGCUACGGAACACCGGUGGAACGGACCAGGGUGCGAACGGCUGGACCGUACGUGCUGGGCCACGAGCUGGGAACGAGCCCGGGAGUGCCGCAGACACAGUAUCUGGCCAGAAAGGACAACACCAACGAGUUCUACCUGUUGAAGAUUUUGAGCUACGACGUAGAAAGCGAGCUGGUAAACAAGGAAACGCAACAGGGGAAAACGUUGCUUCAUACGGAAUAUUCGCUACUUUCUCUGCUGACCGAUUUGGACGGGGUCAUUCACCAUCAUGGGCUGUUUUGUGACUACGCGCUUGAGGAGAAGCAGAUUAAAAACGCCGACGGAAUAGCUCAAUGGAUCUAUACCGGACGCGUCAAGCGACGCCUGAUUCUGGUACUAGACUGUGUUCAUGCCCAUGAAUUCUGCCAGCGUUCUUCGGCGUAUGUAAACCUUCAGAAGUACGUGCAGCACUACAAGUUUUCCGAAAUCGAAGCGCUCACCGUAUUCUACGAGAUCGUGAAAGUGGUCGAACGGUUGCACCAGCGGAACAUCAUUCACCGGGAUUUGAAGUUGAACAACAUUGUUCUCAAUCGUCGCACUAACAAGGUCGUCAUUACGAACUUUUUUCUAGCGAAGCAUCUCAACAGCGAAGAUGACAACCUGUACGACCAACGGGGCAGCCCGGCGUACAUCUCUCCCGACGUUUUAGCCGGGAAGCCCUACAAGGGCAAACCGUCGGACGUGUGGGCUUUGGGUGUUAUCCUGUUCACCAUCGUUUUCGGGAAGUUCCCUUUCCUGGACACGACGCCGUCUGCCCUGUUCAAGAAAAUCCGGCAAGCGGAUUACACUAUUCCACUCGACUCGCGUUCCUGCAGCCCUCAAACGAUCCAGCUCAUUCGAUCCAUGCUCACGCUGAAUCCAGCGGAACGUUUCACUGCCUCUGAAGUGCGCACGGAUGUCGAGCGAGCUCUCGCCAAUCUCCGAGGUCCACGAAUCGAAAUCGACCAAAUUGUCCCAGAGCUGGAGGAAUUCGAUCAACCGGGCACAGUCCCGGACGCCGGCCAAGCCAAACCAGCAGACCCAAAGCCAAACUACCCCAGUCACGAGCUGUCGCGGGAAGCGUUUUCGCAGAUCCUGGAAUCUGGCCUGCACAGAAGGGAGAACGAAAGCUUCCUGCGGCCGCGCUCGCUUGCCAAUCGAAGUGGAUCGUUGCGGAACAAUUCGCCAACUGUCCGACAUUAUGCGCCGUUUGGGAAUCGAGUCGCAAUGCUUGUGGGCAACAACAGUCCACGCAGUUCCAGUUCCACUGGUAGAAAUCGAUCCACCACUGUGGAAGCUAAUCUCAACGAAGCAUUCGCCAUUCGAACCCCAAACACCAGGGAAGUCAUUCAGGUUCGUUUGUCUCCAAUUAACAACAAUACUGCCGUACAACCGCAAAAUGCUAACCAACAAUCGCCGCAACUGCAACCUCAACAGAUCGCUUCUCAACCAUCGCCGCAAGCUUCGUCGGUAUUCGUGCAUUUGGACUCUCAGACGCUGAGCCAAGUGAUAACCUUGCAAAACUCCAACGGACUUCCGAUUCCUGUUCAACUGCCCGCUAUGUCCACUUCCACGCCUUCGUCGAUAACAACUCCACCAGCAUUCCAAAAUCCUGCCAUACAAAGCCUGUAUUCGGCCAUGAAUGAUAUGUUCGCGCGAGGACGGAUUCCACCGCCAAGCCGAGACGAGGCCCAGGAAUUCCAAGGUUUCGUUACCAACGAGAUGGCCAAUCGGAUUGUCGCCUGGCUGUUGACGAACUUCCGUAACCAUUCGAUAAUUCGGGAGAUUUUCGGUAGCUCUUCGGGAAACAGAGUCAACAACGUACUAGAAUUGCUGCGACGAUUCGGCGUCCAGCUAGAGACUCGCGGCGGUCUUAUCGGGGUACGCAAGGAGCAAACCAUCGACGUUCUGCUGUUGAUCACGUACUUGCUGCAGGUGGCAGGGAUGAACAACAACUACUUUCUCAACAGUCAUCGAUCCUAACGGUUAGUAAGGAGGAUACCGGUUAUCGGUGUGCGACUGCUGAUUUGGGAUUCGGUUGACAGGAACUGAUGUUGAGAAUAUUGUGGGUGAUUGCUCGAAGUUUAGAUGUAAUAUAAGCUGAAUUUACGGAA